AAAGCGUACAAAAUUGUGAAUGAACCGAGAAAAAAAAAAGAAUGUUAUCUUAAUGACCCUAAAUGGUCCAUUAAAAGGAAUAUAUUCCGGUGAUGGAGAAUACAAAGUUGACCAUACUUAGCCCAUGCAAAAGAGAAGAGAUAAUUUAAGAAAUCAAUUGCAUAUAUUAUUCCUUCUCAGGGUUAUAAAAAGGGAGUAGAUGCAUGUGAGGAAUGAGUACAAACAUAUAGAGAGUAGUGAGGUGUAUAAUAAGGAAGAGAGGUCUAACAUGGCGAACAAAGUCAUGUUUAGUAGCCAAGGAUGACUUGCCUGCUCUUUUUCACCUCCAUGAUUCAAUUUUAUGUAGGGUUUUGGAUUACUAUGCUUCUAAAGAGUAUAGUAAUUCAAAAUCUUGUUGAAUCUUUGUGGGUAACGGUUUCAGGCAGUCUCCUUGGCUAUCUUGACAUGCUUUUUUCUUCCAUGUUAUACCUUAUUUCUUUGUAUUUUUCGAGUCCAAAUAAUAUUUUUUUCUAUAAAUUUACUACGAAAAUCCCUUAAACAAUCUCUAACAAAGUAUGUUAUUAGAAAACUACCACUUUUUGCAUUUAUUGCAAAUGCAUGUACGUGGUGAGUGUACGCAUUGUUUAGAAGGAAAUGUCAAAGAUGAAUAGAAGAAUCAUAUUUGGUAGCCAAGGAUGACUUGCCUAUUUCUUUGAGAAGUAAAAUGGGCAUGGUGUCAUGUUUAAAAGUUACUGUAGGUAGUUUCAAUUUUGACCAUUUUGCUUACAAAAUGAUAUUAGGCAGUCUCCUUGGCUAUCCUUAUAUGUUCUUCUCUCUCAUCUCAGACAUUUACCUUCAUCCAAAUAAUAGAGAGUGGGAGACAUACACGAAACAUGUAAUUUUGUGACUUUGAGAUUUCUUUAUGUAUAUGUGUACGUAAAACCCAACAUGUAUACACACAUAGUACAUAUAUUAUAUUAUAUGUAGUCUACACUAUAAUGUAUACUCCAUAAGGUUACUGGAAUCUUGCAAGACAUUGAAAUUUGUUUAUUAGGUCAAUAUCAUAUGUGACAACUACCGAAUUAGACAUUAGUUUUGACUGUUCUGUAAACAACUUACCGAGAAUAUAGUGCACACAGCACACGUCUUCUUUGAGGUAAACUUAUGAAAUAGCUUUCAACCGAUUUUUCUUGAAGUACUUAUCUACAUCAGAUCUAGUGUAAUUGUUAGUUUGUUACGUUUUUACUUGAUAUUUAAGAUGAAAAGAAAACAGUUUUUUUGCUCUAGUGGUAAAAAAAAGUGUAUGAUAGACACUUCGUCAUUCGGGUUCAAUUUUCGUUGCAAUAGAUUAAUUACAUUAUUUAGGUUCCAAUUGGUGACUAUGUUGAAGGAAAAAAAUUAUGAUGAAUUUUCUAUUCCUCAAAAUUUAUAUCUAUUAGGUUGAAUUUUUUAUCAAAUUAUUAAUUAAUAGGUCCCACAUUUUUCCUCUAAAUUCCUCAAAGAUGAAUGAAUUUAUAAAGAAAAAUAUUCCUCUGCAAUUUUGACGAGGAACAAAAUGAAUAAAAAAUUUUAUUUUUUUAAAUUUUUUAAGUUCUUCAAAUGAAAUUUUAUUUUUCAUUUUAUUCAUUUUUUUCUAUUCAUCUUGUAGUCACCAAUCGAAGCCUAGGUUUUUAAGAGAUGGAUCCACAUUUUUUACACCAAAACACAUUUUCAUAUUUGUAUUUUUGUAUAUAUUCCUCCAUAUCAAUUUAAUUGUUGUAGACUAAAAUUUUCGUUUCAAAAUAAUCAUUUUUUUAGAAUUUUAUUGCAAAAAUUAAUUAAAGGAAUUCUCCAAUUUAUUUUUGUAUUGGUUGCCGAAUUGAGAUAUAUUCCGGACAGAGACUAGGUUGCAAAUAUUGUUGUGAUAUAUAAAUAGGAACGUGCAGGUCUGCAUGAAAUGACCACGUCGCACGUUCGAUUCAUGAACCAAAAGGAAACUUAUAAUCAAAUCGUAUAACUUAAUAUAAUUGAUACAAAUUUGUUUGUCGAUAUAAGAACAUUAAAAUAUACAUUUCAUUUUUGGCAAUAUAAAUAUUCAUAUGUUUUAGUUUAUAAGUUAUAACUUGUCCAUAUGUUUUUGUCCAUUCCAUAUAUAUAGAGGACAAGAAGCUCCCGUGACUAAGUGAGUGACCAUCGGUGAAUUGAAAAAAGAUGGAGAUGGGAAUGAGGAAGCAGCGUUCUGUGUCGGCUCUUGUAUUCCUUGCAUUGAUUUCGGCUUCAAUGGCAACCUCGGAAUCGGAGGUCCCUUUCAUGGUGGUUCACAAGAAGGCGUCUCUCUCUAGCAUCAAAUCAGGAGUCCAACGCGUCUUCGUCACCGUCGACAUAUACAAUCAAGGAUCCUCAUCAGCAUAUGAUGUAAAUCUGGUAGAUGAUACCUGGAAUUCAAAUCUAUUUGAAAUUGUUAGUGGCAACACUUCAAAGUCAUGGGCAAAGCUUGACGUUGGUCAAGUUCUGUCACAUUGGUUUGAGUUGAAGAGUAAGAAAAAGGGUCUCUUCUAUGGUUCACCAGCUGUUGUUACUUUCCGUGUCCCAUCUAAGGGUGUUCUUCAGGCGUAUUCAACUCCAAUAUUGCCUCUAGAUGUACUAGCAGAGACCAUCCCUGAAAAGAAGCUUGAUUUGGCAAAGAGAUUGGUGGGUAGAUUUGGACCUCAAUUCUCAGUGCUUUCGAUUAUUGUGACGUUUGUGUAUUUGAUGGUAACUCCAUCAAAGGCAAGCAAGAAGAAGCGUUGAGAUUAAGUUUUUGGAUCUGGCCUUUUUCAUCUUUUCACGUUAGUAAAAAUAUCGCUCUCUUUUUUUUUUAACCUUUAUCAUUUGUAGUUGACUUUUUUUUAAUUCUUGUGUCUUUCGAAUCAGACCAAUAGGCAACCCUUUACCAAAAAGAAAGUCAGACCAAUAACAAGAGCACUUUAAUUUCCACAUUCUAAAAAUAAUUAUCCAAAAGAAAGAAAAAACGCAAAAGGUUCAAUUUUCAUAUAAAAACUUAACAAGAAACUAAUGAUCUUUGUCAUAAUGGCAAGUAGGGAUCAGUCAAACGCAACUGCUGUAGGGGCAUGAGAAGAAUAAAUUGACGGUCAUACAUAUGAGGGAAGGAUAUGGUGAUCAAAUCAUCAAAUAAGGGUAUCAAAAUAAUCCAUCAGAACAUAUAGCUUAGUAUAUGUUGUGUAUUACUGUGUGUAAGAGGAAUGUUGUUUUUAAGAUUGCAGAGUACUAUUUCUUUUCAUUUUCACAUACCUAACCAAAAAAACUAUGAUUCAAUAUCUCUCUCUUUUUCUCAAGCUAUACAUUAAUGUGUAGUUCAGGACUACUACUGUACUACACCUGGGUGUUGGAAUGAGUCUAUAAAGCCAUGUAUUUGAAACCAUUAGUAUAAGAGCAAUUUUUUUUAGUAA